AUGUUAUUCGGUGGAGGGUCGAGAAAGGUUUUGUUUAGGACGAGUAGGAGAGAUGUUUUUGCGAACUAUUUGAAUAUCAGAAAUCAGUCAUCAUUCACUUUGACCAAUAGUCAAAUAUUGCAACAAAAACAACAAGUCAAGCAAUCGAAGACAGAAAAUGCAUCUUCUAAUUCUGAAAAUGAUAAGGGUAGUUGCGAGAGUGUUAAUGAUGGAGUUCAAGGUAGUACAAAACUGGCUAGUGAUAAACCGGUUUCUUAUCACAAAAAAAUGGGUAAGACUUUGUCUGAUGAGUCAGUAUUCUCAGGGGAUAAUACAAAAUUAGAUUACUCUUGGUUACCCAAAGUUCCAUCUACUGAGAACUUAAAUCAUAGGGAAAUAAGGACAAGUGCAUUAUAUUCUGGAUACAGACCAAUCUAUAUAAACUCUAAAGGAUCUGGGAAAAAUAAAUUGUCUGGGACAAUGAAAAAUGGGGUGAACAGUACAUUUUAUGAGAUUGCAAUGAAAUUAGAGAAUCCGUCUCCAUGGAUGUCAUCAGCAACAGGUAUGGAACUUUAUUCAGAAUGGGAUCAUGUUCCUUUGGACGUUUUGAAAGAUUUGAAACCAUUUCACCCCCCUGAAGAGACGAAUAGUGAUCCAUCCAAUUCAGAUUUAGAGUCAAUGAACAAACUUAAAAAUGAAGUUUUGGCAAAAGAAAGGAACAAAUUGAUCAAUCGUACCAAAGGGAGAAAGAAACCCAUAACUCGAUUAUUACAAUUAAUGAAACAGUUUAAGAAGAAUAAUGAUUAA